AUGGCGAGAAAGAGGCCAGCAGAGCCAGACUCUGAUGAUGAUACACAUUCGGAUACUAGUACCGCAAAGACCCGUGUGGCGCCUCGCUUCGCUCGUUCGGGAACCGUAACAGUCUAUGUCGGCGUUGAAAAGGCCAGAUAUUUGGUGCACGAAGACAUCCUCACCUCCACAUGUCCGUUCUUCGAAAAGUGUCUCCAGUCCGGCAUGAGGGAACAACACGAACGGACGGUUGAAUUACCAGAAGAUGCUCCCGAAACUUUCGAUGUCAUCGUGAAGUGGAUGUACUCUGGACAAGUACCUGCCUUACUCGGGCCGCAUAUCAUGCGCGCUUACAAGCUUGCCGAGAAGCUGUGUAUGCUUGAUCUUCAAAACGCACUUGUCGAUGCCUUUAAAGCAGUGUGUAGGAGGGAGCGCAUCAGUCCGAUCACUGUCAUGUUGACAUGGAAGCAUCUUCCCGAAAAUUCAGAACUCUGCAAGCUAGCCUUGAAGCAGCUGUGCUAUGAGAUUGUCAAGGAACCAAGAAAUUACAUGGGCACAUCAAGUUCCUUCUUUGGAGCGACCCAGACUGGCACACUCGAAGGCGAGCUGAAGGAAAUGCUGGAAGAAGGAGGCCCUUUGGUCAGCGCUUUUUUCUCUCAAUACGUCGAUGAGCGUAAAAGGCCCAGAUCUCGACUGUCUGAUCCGUCAUAUUGA